AUGGCGACGCUGAGUCUCCAUGAGCAGCUGGCAGAGCACAUCGUCUGGCUUCUCGUGCAGUUCGUCGCCUUUUCGAUUCUGACCUUUGCUUUAUGGAGACGUCUCGGAAGGAAGUCGAGGAUAGCACUGGGAGAACACGAAUGGAUUCUGAUAACUGGUUGCGACUCCGGCAUUGGUUUCGCCUUAUCUGAUCGUCUCGCGCGGUCAGGCUACAAAGUCAUCGCGACGUGUCUGCAUCCCAGCGGUCCAAGUGCGCGAGCACUUAUUUCUCACGGCGUGGAAGUUUUCCGACUGGAUCUGAUGGAGAAAGAUUUAGAAGUUUUCGGGGGUGAGGUUGAAAAUUUCCUUAAGAAGAAUUCCGGGCGACUCCAUGCUCUGGUCAACAAUGCAGGGGUUUGUGUAAUGGGGGAAUUCGAUUGGCUCACAGAGCAACAGGUGGAUCUUGUUUUCAAGGUCAACCUAGGCUCGAUGCGAGUGAUUCGGCUACUGAUGGAUCGCAUUGUCGCCGACAGAUGCCGUAUAAUCAACGUGACGAGCGUCAACGGUAUAAUCGCCUAUCCCGGUCUGUCGGCUUACUGCGCGAGUAAAUCGGCUCUUGAAAGCUUCAGCGAUUCCCUCGCUAUGGAGCUUGAGAAAUUCGGCGUUCGAGUCAUAAAAGUGCGACCUGCGGAUUUCGCCAAGAUUACGUCGAUAAUGUCAGCCCAGGAUGAGCACACGGAGCGAAUGCGGCAGAACCUAUCGGAAAGCAAGAGGCUGCGCUACGGAAACUAUUUCGACGACUAUCAGCGAUUGACGAGUGAAAUGGCCGGCCAGCUGAGCAUGGAAAAUUUCGAUGGAAUUCUGAAGAUAUUCGAAGAUGCACUUUUCGAAGCGGAACCAAGGAUAGCUUAUAAUUCUGGACACCGCUUCUACAUUCUCGUCUGUCGACUCCUUUGCGUACUGCCUGAGUGUUGCCAGCGUUUCGUGGUGACAUGGGCUUUUCGAAAAGUUCUGCGAGAACAGAAUGUCGCCCUUCCGAAUGAAAUGCUCUGCCCACGUCGAUAA